UCAACAUUAAACUUCUUAGAGAUACAUGGUUAAGGAAGAUUAUUUCAAGCCAAAUGGCACAAUAUUUUUCUUUAUGGGAGGCAAAGGAUCAAUUCUAUCGCCCACUACAAAUGUUUCCAACAUAAUGUUGACAAAUAGUUUCAUUCAUGACUUGGCAAAAAAAUAUGGCGGUUAUUUGGUGCACAGUGAACAUCGUUACUAUGGAGAAAGUAAAGCGACAAGAGAUCUCCACUUGAAGUCCUUAAAAUACCUAUCAGUUCCUCAGGCAAUGGCUGAUGUAGCACAAUUAAUUCGAUUCCUAAAAGCCAACUCCACUUUCUUUGGUCAGUCGAAGGUAUUUCUUGUGGGAGGAUCGUAUUCAGGUUUAAUGGUUCCCUGGUUUGCCAAAGUUUAUCCAAACUUGAUUGACUUAGGCUGGGCUUCCAGUGCCCCGUUUCAGUUUAAGAUUGAACUAAAAUCGUUCUACACAAAAGUUUUUAAAAUUGUUCAAAAUAUUGGAGGUAAAAAGUGCAGUGAUAUGAUCAUAUAUGGUUUCGAAACUCUUCGAGCUGCCAUUAAAAAACAUAAUACUUUAAGGCUUGUGAAAAUGAAUAUUUGCGGAUUUGACCACUACAAUAAAAUUCAGGUUUUUAAUUUAUUUGAAAGAUUAACAAAAGUAAUUGGUUCCCUGGUGCAGAACGAAAAUAAAACCAAUAUUCAAAGUGCCUGCAAAGAGAUUUCAGAAACCUCUUUUACAUCUUACCUCAGAAGAAAACUUAAUGGAAAUUCUGCAAAAUGCUACGACUCAAUUUCCAGUUUAAGGCAUUUACGGGACGUUCGAUUAAUCACAGAUUCAUCACGCCUCUGGUUUUAUCAAAGUUGCAGUCAGCUUGGAAACUUUCAAACUUCUGAAUACAUUCCACUUGAUUUCUGGCUAGACAUGUGUACGGAUGUUUUUGGACACAAGUUUUCCUACUGUUUUAUAACCACAAAGGUGAAAGUCACUGAUCAUUUUUUUAGGCACUUGGACAGUAGUGAAAAGGUUCGGCGCAUAUUCCUAACCCAGCCUGAAUUUGAUGCAUGGUCGGCUAUCAAAGUGAGAAAACACAAGCGGACCUAUAUCUUAAGGGGGGCAUUGCACUGCGAGGAUCUACAGCCAUCAGCGGUGAGUGUCAACCCAUCCAUAAAAACCCUGAUGAUGGACAUCGAUUUCGAAGUGCAAAAAUUACAGGAUCACAAUAAAUUAUAAUAUG